UUUUUUUUUUUUUUUUUUUUUUUGAUCCAUUCGUCGCGCAUUCCCCUUCUCACCUCGUCUUCUAUCCGAUCGGUGCCCGUCACCGCCACAGCAGCUGCCUCAGCCUGGGCCGGCUUACAUACGCCGCCGCCGCCGCCGCCGCCAGCCAGCCUGCCUGCCUGCCAGCCUGCCAGGCCUCCCUCACUACUCAACUCACUACUCACUAGUCCCCGAACUACCACCCACCACCACCACUUCCACCACUUCCACUACCAACUUCCACUACCAACCACCAUUACCGCGCGAUAAGGAGAGACGGGCUGGUUCUGCUUCCAUCGCACCCACCACCGACACCCACCGCCCCCCUAAUCAUCCCCCGUGUCGCUCAUCCACCCCCCAACUACCCCUCCAAGGGAUCGAGCCCACAGGGUCCGCUGCCCCGUCCGCGUCUAUUGCGAGCCCUCCGUACUAGUUACAAUCAUCCUCCCCCUAUCACUCUCUCGUCACAAUGUCCAAGGUCGUGCGCAGUGUCAAGAAUGUCACCAAGGGUUACUCCUCGGUUCAGGUCAAGGUUCGAAAUGCCACCAGCAAUGAUCCCUGGGGCCCGACUGGGACCGAAAUGGCAGAGAUUGCUGCCUUGACGUUCAGCAGUCCGACCGACUUCUACGAGAUCAUGGAUAUGCUGGAUAAGCGGUUGAACGACAAGGGCAAGAAUUGGCGCCACGUCCUCAAGUCAUUAAAGGUCCUUGAUUACUGCCUGCACGAAGGUUCCGAGCUGGUCGUCACUUGGGCCCGAAAGAACGUCUACAUCAUCAAGACCUUACGCGAAUUUCAAUACGUCGAUGAGGAGAGCAGAGAUGUCGGACAGAAUGUUCGGGUUGCCGCCAAAGAACUCACCUCCCUGAUUUUGGACGAAGAUAGAUUGCGCAGCGAGCGCUCCGACCGCAAGUUGUGGAAGUCGCGUGUAAGCGGUCUCGAUGACCAAGGUUACGGACAGGAACCGCCGCGCCGUGAGCGACGAGAACGUCGCCGUCCGGCCAAUGACGACGAAGAUGCAGAGUAUCGGUUGGCGAUUGAGGCGAGCAAGUACGAAGCCGAGGAGGAACGCAAGCGUCGGGCCAAGGAAGCCUCAGGUGCCGAGGAUGACGAGGAUCUGGCCCGGGCGAUCAAGCUCAGUAAGGAAGAGGAGGAGUUACGCAAGCGGGAGUUGGAGGAAAGCAACGCGCAGUCGCUCUUCGAUGACGCCCCUACGCAGGUCGCUCAGGCACAGCCCACCGGCUACAACCAGGGAUACCAGCAGCAGAGCGCCGUUGACUGGUUCGGCAAUCCCAUCAACCCCCAACAGCCUCUGACAACCGGUUACCUGAACAACCAAUACGCGCAGCCCACCGGGUUCCAGGGACAGAUGGCGGGCAUGCCUAAUGGAUACACCAACGGUUUCCAGGGACAGGCCUCCGCAUUUGAUCCGAACCCCUAUGGCCAGCCACAGAACAACUUCCUGCAGCCGCAAGCCACGCUCCAACCGCAACCCACAGCCUUCAACACGAACAAUCCUUGGGGUGCCACCGAUGUCUUCUCGCAGCAGCAGCAGCAGCAGCAACAGCCGCAACAUCAGCAGCAGCCUCAACAGCAACACCAGGAGAACUUCUUGUCCGCCGGCACCAACAACCCAUGGGCGGCUAACACCCCAGCGGACGCUCUGAAGCCCAUGCCCACCGGGUCGAACAACCCAUUUGCGGCGCGCACGCAGUUCCAGCCCCAGCCCAAGCCCGCCGUGACCGGACCGCCGUCUUUGAACGCGCUGUCAGAAGAGCGAGCCACCACCCAGUUCAACCCCAUCGCCAACUACCAGGCUCCGCAGUCGCUCGCACCGCCCCAGCAGAGCUUCGCACCCCCGAAGAGCGCGUCCCCUCACAUGCAAGAUCCGCACCGCGCUCAUCUCAAUGCACUGCUAGCCUCGGGCGAGGGGCAGGACACGUUCGGAAACGUCGGAGACCUGCGUAUCCCGUCCCAGCAUACCGCUCCUGGUACGUUCGUCAACUCUGCCGGUCAGGGCUUGGAUCGGUUACGGGCGACACGGACCGGCAACAACCCCUUCUACGGCCAGCAGCCGCAACAGCAGUUUGUCCCGCAACAGACGGGCUUUGCGCAGCCGGCCAAUAACCCCUGGGGAGGACAGCAGACGUACCAUCAGCCUCAGCAGGGCGGCAGUUUGAUAGACCUGUAGGGGAGGCGACGUGGGGUGUGAUGGUUAUAGAUAUCUCGCCUGUUCGAGGCUCGGGUUUAUGUUUCUAUCUUUUCAUUUCUUUCUAGUUGCAGUUGUAGGAGUCGAAUCCGGAUACCAAUUUCUGUUUUUGACGCCGACCUUCGCUGUUCGCUUUUCGCUUUUCGUUCUUUGCUCCUGAACGAUUUGCCUGUCUUAUCGCAGGGUUCUUCACCUUUUACGAAAUGACACCUUCGCUCGACAAUCUCUUUUCCUUAUCGUGACAUUCUCACCGGCCAAUGCCUACCACCCCUUUUCUUUGUUCCCUGUCUGCCUGCAUGCUCGUCAACCCAUCAAUUCCCGGAUUUAUAUACCCUUUUUCUCUUCCUUUUUUUUUUUUUUUCUUCCUGCACACUACACUACAACUCUACUCCAGUUGAUAUUUUAUUCUAUUCUAUUCUAUUCUAUUCUAUUCUAUUCUAUUCUAUUGAUUCGAUUCUA